AUGGAUUUUGUUACCCAUUUGCCUCGGACUAUGAAGAAUCAUGAUGCCAUCUGGGUUAUAGUGGACCGCCUGACUAAGAGCGCCCACUUUUUAGCUAUAAAUCUGAGGAUGUCCAUGACCAAGCUGGCCCAAUUAUAUAUCAACGAGAUAUUGAGAUUACAUGGAGUACCAUCUAGCAUAGUCUCGGAUCGAGACCCACGGUUCACCUCCCGCUUCUGGCAGACCUUGCAGAGUGCCUUGGGCAGUAGAUUGGCCAUGAGCUCCGCCUAUCACCCCCAGACAGACGGUCAGUCCGAGAGGACGAUCCAGUCUCUUGAGGACCUUCGGCGGACUUGUGCAAUAGAUCAUCUGGGCGCCUGGGAUGACGUUUUGCCUUUGGUUGAAUUCACCUAUAAUAACAGCUUCCAUGCAAGUAUUGGCAUGGCCCCUUAUGAGGCUCUCUAUGACAGGAAGUGUAGAACCCCUUUGUGCUGGUUCCAAGAUGGGGAGUCGGUAGUAGUGGGUCCAGAAUUGCUAAGGCAGACUACCGAGAAGAUCUUGAGAAAGAUAGGACCAGUGGCAUAUGAGGUCGCUCUGCCUCCUCAAUUGGCUAAUCUUCACUCUGUGUUUCACGUCUCACAACUCAGGGAGUACGUACCUGACCCCUCCCAUGUACUGGAAGCAGAAGAUUUACAGAUUAGAGGAGAUCUUUCAGUAGAGGUUCAUCCAGUGGGUCUUGGUGAUUUUCAGACAAGACAACUUAAAGGAAAGGUCAUCAGAUUAGUCCAAGUCAUAUGGGACAAACGGACGGGCGAUUCUACUUGGGAAUUAGAAGAGGAUGUGAGAAGGUCAUACCCGCACAUGUUUGCAGAUUCUGGAGGAUCAGACUCAGCUGGACCCUCUGGAGCUCCAACCCUCAGUUCCCACCCUCCUCGGUAG